AUGGCUGUUGAGGUUUCGGGUAUGAUGGGAAGGUACUGCGACCUCAUCCUCUACACUCAGACUACGCGCGCGAAAGCCGCGGAGCCCCUACGCAAGCAGUACAUAGUGCACCUGGCGGCGGUGCCGCCGGUGCUCAACUACCGCGGCGGCUUGGCGGGGCUGGCGGCGACCGCGCCGGAGCUAGACGACAACGACCCUGAGAGCAGCCCCACCGACGCCGACGACGACGAUGAUAGCGCUCCGGUUUAUGCUCCAGGUGGCGGUUCGGGUGGCGGUUCAACCGACGAUUCUACAGCUGGCGACAGCAGCGGUGGUACAAAUGCCACGCUUGCAGCAGCGACGCUUCAAGGGCUCAGUGCGGCCCGACUCGCCACCGUUAGUGGCACAUCCGCAGAGCCUCCUCGCUUCGCUGCAAUCACAAAAUCAUCGAGUUUCGAGGCUCCUUGGAAAGCGAUAAGGCGGCUUGCGGAUCGAAUCAAGUGGCGCGCGGACGUGCGGCGGGCGAACGUGAAAUCUUUCGUCAACUUUCUGCGAGAUUCGCAGCAGCAGUUUUUGCGAAAGAAUGACAUCUCGCCGUCGCAGCUGUUCCAGAGCUACACGUACACGGUUAACGGGUUCGCUGUAUCGCUGACGAACGCGGAAGCGAAACGGCUGAAGCACCAUCCUGCCGUGGCGAGGAUCGAAGAAGACAAACUGUUUCGCGCGCUCACUGUAGACUCGCCAACUUUCUUGAAGUUGCCGACCAGCCUGUGGGCUUCAAACGGGGGGCAGAGCCGUGCGGGCGAAGAUGUGAUUAUAGGCGUGGUGGAUACGGGAAUCUGGCCGGAACACCCUUCUUUUGCAAACACGCCUGCAGACCCCUACGGCCCGGUUCCGGACCGCUGGUUCGGCGGGUGUGAAGCAACGGCGGAUUUCCCAUCCUCGCUCUGCAACGGCAAGCUCAUCGGCGCAAAGUUCUUCAACAGCGGGUUUCUCCAGGCCGGGAGGACCGUGGAUUCAGCCGACUUUUUGUCUGCCCGGGAUGGAAUCGGGCACGGCAUGUGGUGUGCAGGAGCCGCUGCUGGUAACGCCAACGUGAGUGUGGAGGUGAACGGUCAAAGCUACGGGGCAGUGAGCGGCAUGGCGCCGCGUGCGCGCAUCGCCAUGUACAAGGCGCUGUGGAUGUACGAAGGCUACCUCUCCGACAUUCAAGCCGCCGUUGAUGCUGCUGUGGCGGACGGUGUGGAUGUGCUCUCUCUUUCUUUGGGGAGGAAUCCGGUGUCCGACUAUUUUAUAGAGAUUCCCUCCUUGAAUGCGGCUAAGGCGGGUGUGUUUGUGACGAUGUCAGCAGGCAACGGGGGGACGGUUGUAAACGCUGCUCCUUGGUACCUGACAGUGGGAGCAACCACCAUCAGUCGGCAGAACUUGGCAAAGCUGACUCUGGGGAACGGGGUGGAGCUGAGGGGAGUGAGCUCUGGAGGCACGGCACAGACGGUCAAUAAAGUGCUGCUGCCCGUUUCCAAGCUGCUGCCCGCUGCUGCUGCUGCUGCUGCUGCUGCCAAGUUUGGCGCCUCUGCCGCUAAUGCUGCUGUGUGUGACUUCACUGCAAUCGAUCAAAGCAAAUUGGCUGGGAAAAUUAUCGUGUGCACGUUCCAAGCAUCAGCAGUAGGAGUCCCCAUCAGCUUCCUUGCUGCUUCCAAGGCAGCAGCGCUAGUCCUCACUGGCUCUCCCCAUAGUACAGACAGCAUACCCAUGCUCCCUUUCACCGACCUGCCCGUCCUGUUCCUCACCACCGCCCAGGCCGGGCAGCUGAACAAUUACCUGCAGCAGACGGCCAAUCCCGUGGCGACACUUAGCGAAGUCAUCACCACAAAUUCCUCCAAUGCUCCCCAAAUGACUAAGAUCUCAGCCACCGGACCAACCGUAGACCCAUCCUGGUUCCCAGUCCCAUCCGACCGCCCAACAAAUGACAUUUUAAAGCCAGACAUAGUAGGUCCGGGGUUCGAGCUCUGGUCGGCGGACCGGGGCAAGAGCGCAGCUACGGCAGCCACCGACCCUCCUAUCGUAGGGUCCAGGGCAGCAGAAGAGAAUUAG